CUUUGUGGCCAAGCUACUUGGCACGCUUCAGUUUCCUUUUGAUUUGAUAAAAACGAAAAUGAAUGCUGAGUCAAAGCUCAACAUUCUUGGCUCCAAUGUGAACUAUAUCCCAUUCCUUCUGCCUUAUUAUUUUUUGGCUAUUUCACUUUCGUGACAUCCUCUAUCAUAAUUCUGGAAUUUCCACUUGGGCUUCUCUGCUGCCUCCAGGACUCCCUAUUAAAAGGGAACUGAAUCCAGCUGAUGCAGUCUGUGUUGCAUCUGCCAGAGCUCCUGGUCCUGCUCCAACUGUCCUUGUCUGACGGGAGGAUGAAGGUCUCUUCAGUUGUUCUCGCUCUUCUCCUCAUUGCAGCCUCUUGCUCCCAAACGUCCUCUGCCCCAGUUGGACCUGACCACCCAACCUGCUGCUUCUCUUACACAUCCCACAAGCUCCCAAAGAAGCUCAUCCUGCGUUACUACGUCACCAGCACCAGCUGCUCCCUGCCAGCCCUCGUGUUCAUCACAAAGAAAGGGCGCGAAGUCUGUGCCAAUCCAAGUGACACCUGGGUGCAAAGAUACCUGCAGAACAUGAAGCAGAACUGAGCAAAGCCAGACAGGAAGCACAGCUGCUGUCAUGAGUCUUGUCAUCCUGAGCCCCUGCGACAGAGCAGGGCUUUGGGAUGGCAGGAGCUGCACGAUACCACACCGUCUGCAUGCAGCUCCCAGGGACUGUGGGAAGGGCACCAUGAGACACCCCAUGUUGGGGUGUUGCUGCUUGCACUCAGCUUGCACUUCAGACCAGUCUGAAACGUCAUCAGUCAGCCUGACACCUCUGCCUGUGGCCCAGAAAGGCCCAUGGGACUGCGCCUCUAUUGUUCUUUUAUUAUUUUAAUUUAUUUAAGAAAUGAUCAUAUGAGAUAGAUGGUAUUUUCAUCGGUGGAUCAUAAUGCUAUUUAUAGGAGGGUGGCAGGGAGGGUAUUUACAGGAGGGCAGCUCAGAGUCUCCGAACAGGACAACGAGUGGCCCUGGCUUACUUGUGUGAAAUUAUGAUUCUGGAGAAUAAAGAAUUUGGAUAAAACAUG